AUGGAAGAAAAUUAUCAAGAACAAAAACCUUUUAAAUCAAAUUAUAAUGUUGAACUUUGUUCAUUUCCACCACCACCACCACCACCACAAUUUCAAUAUGGAUCAUUUGCUUAUGAUAUCAAACUUAAUCUUGGAGAUUGGCAACCAAGUCGUGAUGAUUUUCGUUAUGUAUCAAUUCAAGCCUAUAAAUUAUGUGAUCAUGAUCUUCGUUUUAAAUAUUUAGAUAUAACACAAAGUGUAUCUGAACAAAUGUUUGCAUAUGAUUGA